AUGUGUGGCAUCUGGGCCUUAUUUGGGUGCAGCGAUGACAACUGCAUGUCUAAAAUGGUUCCAGACAUUUUCAAAAUCAGACACAGGGGUCCGGACGCCUUCAGUAUGCUGAGUGUGGGUCCGUUCGAGAACUGUGUGCUGGGAUUCGUAAGGUUGUCAGUUGUAGACCCACAGCAUGGCAUGCAGCCCCUGAAGCUGAAGCAGCACGAGCAUCUGUUCAUGGUCUACAACGGGGAGGUGUACAACUACAGACAGCUCAAGCAGCAGCAUGGGUUCAACUUCGAGACUAGCUGCGACACAGAAAUCAUCCUUCACCUAUAUGCCAAAGGUGGCAUUGAGUUCUGUGUCAAACAACUUUACGGGGUGUUCGCUUUCAUUUUGGCAGACGUAAAGAACAACAAGGUGUUCUAUGUGCGAGACACUUUCGGCGUAAGACCUCUCUUCACAAUAGAGCACAUGCCUGCGUCUGAAAAUGUGGGUUUCGGAGCGGCCGCUUCAGAGAUGAAAGCACUCACUCACGCUCUAGCGUCCUGUCCGCCGGACAGUGCCACGAUUCAGCCACACCCCCCUGGUCAUUUCUCGGAGUUUGAUCUGACCAAACGAGGAUCUCUCCGAUUUGUGAGGCGGGAGAGGUUCCACACUAUCGGAGACAUGCCUGGAUACAAAGUGGACGAAGUGAACAACAGCUGGACUGCGGAGGAGAAAGUGAGACAUGCUCUCACUAAUGCAGUGGACAUUAGAAUGUUGGCAGACUGCAAAAUAGGCUGCAUGUUGUCUGGAGGCCUCGACUCCAGUCUAGUGUGUGCACUGGUCAAACAGCAGAUGGCCAAAUGGGGUCACGAUUACGAAUUGGAGACGUUCGCUAUUGGUCUAGACAAGAACAGCACAGAUUUGGUUGCGGCGCAGAAGGUGGCAGAUUACAUAGGUACCAAGCAUCACUCUAUCGUGAAGAGCAGCGCCGACUUCCUGGCGGUUGUGGACCGGGUCAUCCACCAAAUAGAGUCAUAUGACGUCACGACAGUUAGAGCAUCAACGGGGAUGUACCUCGUGUCGCAAUACAUAAAGGAACAGAGCGACUGCAAAAUAAUAUUCUCAGGCGAGGGAGCGGAUGAGUUGUGUCAAGGAUACAUCUACUUCCACAAUGCUCCUUCUCCCAAAGAGGCAGCAGUAGAGAGCAUGAGACUCAUGAAAGAUCUGCACUUCUACGAUGUUCUCAGAGCAGACAGAACUACUGCCGGACAUGGACUGGAGUUGAGGGUUCCUUUUCUGGACCACUAUUUAACUCACAUUUACACUGCUUUGCCUGACGAACUCAAACAGCCUAUCAAUAAAGUGGAAAAAUUCACUCUGAGGAAGGCAUUUGACGGCUCUGACUUAAUCCCGAAAGAGAUACUGUGGCGUCCAAAGGAAGCAUUCAGUGAUGGAGUGUCCUCCAUUGAGCGGCCAUGGUUCGCCAUUCUGCAAGACCACAUCGAAACUAUCAUCUCAGAUGACGAACUGGCCACUGCCUCCAAAACUUACAAUCACAACCCACCCCAGACUAAAGAGGCACUCUACUAUCGUAAGAAGUUCCUGCAGAGCUACCCGAGUUUGGAUCAUCUCAUACCUUACAUGUGGAUGCCCAAGUGGUGCGGCGAACAAGUUAAUCCGUCUGCCAGAGUCCUCACACAUUUCCAGGCAUAG